GAGGGGUUAUUCAAUCACGCCGAAGAUGCGGUUUACCCUCUCAUACGUCAUUUAUUUCGGACAUAUAAACUGUUAUCUUUCUUAGACGGAACUUUCAGUGGAGUACGCGUGAAACAUACAUACGAUGGACUGUCUCCGCGUCACGACCGGUGGCUUGUACCAUGCAUUAUAUGCAUGUACUAUAGAUCGCUCCGUCUCAGCACCAACAACCGGGUCGGACAUUACUAAAGGCACCCGGAGACAAUACAUCGGAGGAUUGCGUUCCUCGAAUCGAUGCAUCUGUUGAUCUCCGGCGGAGUAAAGCACUUUUCUCAUGGAGACUGCGCGCACAUACACACAGAGUUAAAGACAACAAACUGGGAGUCUAGUAUAUAUAGUACCAUGUAUCUCGUAGGAAAAUCGACUUUUCAAGCUACACAUCUCUCCAUCUUCGCUAACCAUGUAUCUCCAAUCCUCUCUUGCAUUAGCCCUUCUACGGGCUGCGGUGGUUCAUGGUUACGCUAAUCCGGGGGCUUGCUCUGGUGCCUGCAACAUCCAUGACCCUGCUUUGAUCCAGAAUGGCGAUGGAACAUACUACCGCUUCUCGACAGGGAAUGGCAUUUCCUUUGCUUCUGCUUCGUCCAUUGAGGGUCCUUGGACAGCUCUUGGAUCUGUAUUGCCUGAUGGAUCCUCGAUUGAUAAUUCAGGGAGUAAUGACCCUUGGGCACCCGACGUGCAAAAGGUGGGUGACCUUUACCACCUCUACUACGCCGUGUCGAGCUUCGGCACCCAAGAAUCCGCCAUCGGUCUCGCAACCUCCGAGACCAUGGAAGAAGGCACCUGGACCGACCAGGGCUCAGUUUUUACAUCCACAACUGGUGACCAAUACAACGCCAUUGACGCCAACCUGCUAGUGGACGGCUCCGUCAACUACCUAACCUUUGGAUCCUUCUGGCAGGAUAUCUUCCAAGUCACACUGAAUGGGGACGCCACGUCUUCGACGUCAACGCCGGUUAACGUUGCUUUCGAUCCGGCUGAUACACAUCCAGUUGAGGGUGGUUACCUCUACAAAUAUGGAGAUUAUUACUACCUGUUUUACUCAUGGGGAACAUGCUGUGGAUAUGAUGAAACUAGACCUGCUGAAGGGCAGGAGUAUAAGAUCAAGGUUUGUCGGUCGAGCACGCCGACUGGGGGCUUUGUUGAUGCGAACGGUGUUGCAUGCACGGAUGGCGGUGGUACCGUCGUUCUUGAGACCCAUGACAAUGUCUAUGGACCUGGUGGACAGGGUGUAUACAACGACCCGACCCUUGGCCCUGUCCUCUACUAUCAUUACGUCGAUACGACUAUCGGCUAUGCUGACUCCCAGAAGCUAUUCGGAUGGAACGCCAUUGACUUCUCCAGUGGAUGGCCUACUGUCUAAGUGCAUCAUCUGUCCAGGUAGCGAGAAGCAUUUUGUAUAUAAUUCAGCUUUCUGUGG